CAGGGACAUCACUGUCAUUAUGUAGCCUUUGGAUAAAAGGGUCUGACACAGUUGCUGCUUUGAUCAUCAUAGGAGGAUAGAUAUAUUUCAUUCCCCCCACAAUAUGCACAUUGUUGUUAUUUAACAAACAGAUGAGCACAAACUAGAUUACCAGAAGAAGCUGAACAUCAAGGGUUUGCAUGACUUAAGUUCAUUAGGAGCAUAUUGGCAAACUGAAGCUGUGGUUUUCUGAUGAGAAGAGAGCUGUCAGGCAUUCAGCGCUUACAGAGCCAUCUAUAAUGAGAAAGCAAACGGUGCUGUUCUUUACCUGUGCUGGUCUACUGUUGCUUGUCUCAGAAUCCUGGUGUGCUCCUAAGAAUAAGUUAAUGGCAAGAAAUUGGGGCCCUCAAUCCAUGAUGUACCUCAAAGGGAGACACGGCAGAAGGGUUGCCUCAGAAUAUGAAGAAGAUUUUGAACACCAGAAUUUGGAUUUCAUGACUUCGUUUCUGAAAAGAUAUGAAACCUCUUUGCCUGUGAAAGUAUUGAACUUCAGAAGAAGGAGACAGUUGUCACAAAUUAUGGAUUAUCAGUACCUGGAUUAGAUAAUAUAAAACAAACAAAAAAACAUCAGUAUCUACAUUACAGAAGCUAGGAGCUAUAUGAUUUCCUUGAAAAAUGAAUGCCAGAUUCUAUUGUAUGACUAUAAAAUAUAGCAUUUCUGCAAAACUGCUGUUUAACUGACCUAUGCUUAGUUAGUACUUGAAAUAUCCUUUCCCCAAAUCAAAUAUACAUAACUAAAAAAGUGUUAUUCUUCUUUAAACCUUUCUGCAAAUGUAAUACUCACUAUUAAUGUGUGCACCUCUACUACUAUAAUAUUUAAUGGUAAGAAUACGCUGAGAUUGUUUAAGACAUUCUCUUUAUGUGUCAGCUCCUGGGUAUCGUGACAAUGGCACUCAUCUUAAUUCAGGGAACCCUCCCCCCCCCCUGAAAUGUUGAAUCAGUCACAAAUCAUUUCAAUUGCUUAAUAGAAUAGCUAGGAGACUGGAUUUAGGUUUAAGUGAGUGACCUUGUAAUUCUUGUUAUGGAAACUAAUUAUAUAGACCUAGCUGAGAGGAUCCAGAGAGUACCACUAGCAUAUAUACAAGUCAAAGCAGGUCAUUUUACAAAUCAGCUCCUGUGUUGACCUCUUGUGGACUUAGGCAGAUUUUGAGUUGAUCCACUUAUUUCAUUUUGUCAGGACACUCCUACAUAAAAACACAGUUACAGAUG